UGUGAAAAUCUGGUCCAGCAGCAAACAACGGUCACUCACCAUCAGGAUUGAAACCUGACCGAGCAGCACAACAGAGGACCUUGUGAAGAACUGAACUCGAUUGGACCACCAUGACAUCCAACCUCUCUGUGCGCAGCUACUCGGUGCGUCAGCCCUCCUCCAGCAUGUCUGUGAGAGACAGCGGACGCAGUAUCCGCUCAAAGCCUCCCGUCUCCAUCUGCACACUGUCUCUGUCUCGCUCUCUCUCAAUGGGCAAUGGCCUCAACAUGCUGGGCUCCAGCCUCUCCUUCAACGGCCUCAGUGGUGCCGCCAGUGGGAAAGAGACCAUGCAGGGCCUGAACGACCGGCUGGCCAGCUACCUGGACAAGGUGCGCUCGCUGGAGAGGUCCAACGCUGAACUGGAGAUGAAGAUCAAGCAGCUCAUGCUGGAGAAAACUCCAAAAAGGCAUGACAUUGAGGGGCUGAUGGCCCAGGCACAUGCCAUCGGGCAGGAGUUAAGAAAGAAGACAUUGGAGAACGCCCGUAUCUUGCUGGAGAUUGAUAAUGCCAAGCUGGCAGCCGAUGACUUCAGAGUCAAAUGGGAGGCGGAGGCCACCCUGUGCCAGUCGGUGGAGAGGGACUGUCAGGCUCUGAAGAGAGCAAAGUCUGACCACGACCAGAUCAUCGCCACUCUGCGAGGAGACCUUGACAGCCUGAAGGAGGAGCUCUACUUCCUCAAGAAGAAUCACGAUGAGGAGAUGAAUGCAAUGAAGUCUCGUCUGGCCAACGAGCAGGUGACUGUGGAGGUGGAAGCAGCUCAGGGUCCUGAUCUGGGGGCCAUCAUGGCUGAGCUGAGGGUCCAGUAUGAGGGCAUCGCUCGCAAGAACAAGGAGGAGGCCGAGACCUGGUACCUCAAGAAAUUGGAAGCAGUGCAGUCCGAGGUCAAAGAAAGCAACGAGGCUUUGCGUUGUGCCCAAAGUGAGUUCAGCGAGCGACGACGUUUCCUGCAGGCUCUGGAGGUCGAACUCAACAGUCUUCGGAAGCAGGUUGGUGUGUUGGAAGGAAACCUUGGGGAAACGGGGCACAAGUACUCAGUGGAGAUGGACAAUCUUCAGAGCACACUGACCCAGCUGGAGGAUGAGCUGUCUCACCUGCGCUUGGACAUGCAACGCAACAAGACCGAUUAUGAACAGCUGCUGCGCAUCAAACAGAAUCUGGAGAUGGAGAUCGCCACCUACAGGAAGCUGCUGGAGGGGGAGGAAAUGGUGAAAGAAACACCUCCUCCUAAAAAAGAACCUGAAGUAAGGACCAGGAAGAUUGUAAAAGUUGUCACCCAGACCAUGAUCAACGGCAAGGUGGUGGACGAGUCCAGUGAGGUGGAGCAGAUCGAGGAGCGCAAAAAAUGAGCCAAAGUGUGUGAAGAGAAGAAGCAGUGAUGUCUCAUAAACUCAAAGUGCCUUCCAGCUGUGGUUUAGAUCUCACCACAACCUUCUUGUUUCAUGUCUUCCAUAUCCACAUGUCAUGUUUUAAUGCCUUUCUCUUCCAAAAAAUUAGACUAAAAUGGAAAUGAAAUAAAACUUCAACCUAAAAUUCAAUAGUCAUUCUCAGCAACAUGAUAUUUGUCUGUACAUAUAAUAUCACUAAAAUGGAAGAAGAAACUCAAUAUUGAGAUAUAAUUAGAAAAAUAAUCUAUGUGAUGAUAAAUGUACAAAGAUGUAUCUGUUGAUUGUGCUGGGUCUUUGAUAAUAAAACAGUAAUCUCAUUUUAUCCGACAAAACUAAAUCUCAACUCAAGGUCUAAUUACCACCGUAGCUUUUUCUCUGGCUUUUAACCACCUCACAGUCAUAAUGGAAGAUUUCUAAGUUGUCAUCAAAAUUUGAAACAUCUGGAAAAAGCUAGUAGGUCUGUAUUUUUUCAGUCAAGCUGCUGUUUUCAACGUCAAGAGAUUGUUUGGAUUUUUUAAGAAGUACUUUGUAUUUUUGGAAAUACACUUACUCACUUUCUUGCAGUGUUAGACGAGAAGAUUGAUACCACUCUUAUUAGUAAAUAUGAAGUUUGUAGUCGCUCAUCCUAGCUUAGCAUAAAGACGGGUAAUGGGGGCACAGCUAGCCUGAGUCUGUCCAACACUACCAGCAUCUCCAAAGGUCACUCAUUAACAUGUUAUAUCUGCUUUGUUCGACUCAAACAGAAAACAAAGUGAAAGAAGUCUUUGUGCUAAGCAAAUGAUACAUGAUAUAUUUAGUGCAUAUCAUGAGAGUCUGUCAUCUAAGUUUUGACAUGAAAGCAAAUAAUUUAAGUUUUGACAGGUCCAUUGAGUCAAGAACAACGCAGACGAUAAAAAUGCCUUAAGAAAUUUUAUUGAAUAAUUUGUGAGUCUGUUCAGAAGACUCCCCUAACCUUUCAUGAGCACCAGCAGGACAGCAGCAGCAGCAUUAGGGGCCACUCACACAGUUUAAGACUGGUAGAGCUUAACUUAUUUCCCAUAUGAACAGAGCAGCAACAAAGACAUAGAAGCGUAUGUCACGUUAGAAAUGACAAGGUGGAGCUGUGGGUUGCAUAGAUGUGAGCAGCAAGCAGUUAGGAGCAAACUAAAGCAGCUGAAGUAACAAUUUAGCUGGGAGGGGAGUUGACCAGCUGAUGCGUUGAUGCAGAUCAGCUGCUGCAGCUCAGCUACACAGCCAAUAGCGGUUAGCAGUGUGUUGACUACUUAGCCUGCCAGAACUUACACUGACGCUCAAUUAAUUAAAAAAACAUCAACCUUUUUCUUUAACACUUACUAAAGCUUUUGGAAAAUGUGUUCCUUUUGCACAUAUCUUGUACCUAUGUGAUAGUUUUGCUGUAAAAUAGUUAUGGGAAUAAUUUAAUGAGCUGUAGUUGUAUUUUAGAAACUCACACAAAUCAACCAAAGAAUCUGUAUAGUGUCAAU